AUGCACAGUCUGCUUAGCUUUCUUUUGGUUGCCAUCUGCGUGGUGACGGUAGCUGGACAAUUUUACGGUGGACGUGGUCCCUAUGGUGGUGGAUUCGGACGGAGCCCCUACGGUGGCGGAUUUAACCGCGGCUAUGGUGGAGGAUUCAACCGUGGCCCCUAUGGUGGCAGUCCAUACGGUAUGCAAGGUGGUUUUGGAAGAAUGAAUCCAGUGCAAGGAGCAAUGAUGGGUGCUAUGAUGGGCGCGAUGAGAGGAUAA